UGGGGCUGCAGCACGUGGGAGGGCGCUGGCAGGGCCGCCGUCGCCGCAGUUCCGCCGUGGCCUUCUGCGCUAGGCCCACUCUCAUCUGCCUGUCGCCCGACUUCGCCGCCCGCCUCGGUCGCCCCCAGACCCUAAGACCACGCACCCGCCGCUGCCGGCCUCUCGGCGUGCCCAUGAUCGCCCGGUGCCUUUCGGCUGUGCGAGGCCUCCACAGAGUUGGUGGUUCCAGGAUUUUACUCAGAAUGACAUUAGGAAGAGAAGUGACAUCUCCCCUGCAGACGGUCUCUACCUAUACUGCCACUGGCAGAAAUGUUUUAAGAUGGGAUCUUUCACCAGAGCAAAUUAAAACAAGAACUGAGGAACUCAUUGUACAGACCAAACAGGUGUAUGAUGCUGUUGGAAUGCUCAACAUAGAGGAAGUAACUUAUGAGAACUGUUUACAGGUGCUGGCAGAUGUAGAAGUGAAGUACAUAGUGGAAAGAACCAUGCUAGACUUUCCUCAGCAUGUGUCCUCUGACAAAGAAGUACGGGCAGCAAGUACUGAAGCAGACAAAAGACUUUCUCGUUUUGAUAUUGAAAUGAGUAUGAGAGAAGAUAUAUUCAAGAGAAUUGUUCAUUUACAGGAAACUUGUGAUUUGGAAAAGAUAAAGCCUGAAGCCAGACGAUACUUGGAAAAGUCAGUUAAAAUGGGAAAAAGGAACGGACUCCAUCUUCCAGAACAAGUACAAAACGAAAUCAAAUCAAUGAAGAAAAAAAUGAGUGAGCUAUGUAUUGACUUUAACAAAAAUCUCAAUGAGGAUGAUACUUUCCUGGUAUUUUCCAAAGCUGAACUUGGUGCUCUUCCUGAUGAUUUUAUUGACAGUUUAGAAAAGACAGAUGAUGACAAGUAUAAAAUUACCUUAAAAUAUCCACACUAUUUUCCUGUCAUGAAGAAAUGUUGUGUCCCCGAAACCAGAAGGAAGAUGGAAAUGGCUUUUAAUACAAGAUGCAAAGAGGAAAACACCAUAAUUCUGCAGCAGCUACUGCCACUGCGGGCCCAAGUGGCCAAGCUACUCGGCUAUAACACUCAUGCUGACUUUGUCCUUGAAAUGAAUACCGCCAAGAGUACAAGCCACGUGACAGCCUUUCUCGAUGACUUGAGCCAUAAAUUAAAACCCCUGGGUGAGGCAGAAAGAGAGUUUAUUUUGAAUUUGAAGAAAAAAGAAUGUGAAGAGAGAGGUUUUGAAUACGAUGGAAAAAUCAAUGCCUGGGAUCUACACUAUUACAUGACUCAGACAGAAGAACUCAAGUAUUCCAUAGACCAAGAGUCCCUCAAGGAGUACUUCCCCAUCGAUGUGGUCACUGAAGGCUUGCUGAACAUCUACCAGGAGUUGUUGGGACUUUCCUUUGAGCAAGUGGCAGAUGCUCAUGUUUGGAAUAAAAGUGUUACACUUUACACUGUGAAGGAUAAAGCUACAGGAGAAGUGUUGGGACAGUUCUACUUGGACCUCUAUCCAAGGGAAGGAAAAUACAAUCAUGCAGCAUGCUUCGGUCUCCAACCCGGCUGCCUUCUCCCUGAUGGGAACCGGAUGAUGUCUGUGGCUGCCCUUGUGGUAAACUUCUCGCAGCCAGUAGCAGGUCGGCCCUCUCUCCUGAGACAUGACGAGGUGAGGACUUACUUCCAUGAAUUUGGUCAUGUCAUGCAUCAGAUCUGUGCACAGACUGAUUUUGCACGAUUUAGUGGAACAAAUGUGGAGACUGACUUUGUAGAGGUACCAUCACAAAUGCUUGAAAAUUGGGUGUGGGACAUUGAUUCCCUCCGAAGAUUGUCAAAACAUUAUAAAGAUGGAAGCCCUAUUAAAGAUGAUCUGCUUGAAAAGCUUGUUGCUUCUAGACUGGUCAACACAGGUCUUCUGACGCUCCGCCAAAUUGUUUUGAGCAAAGUUGAUCAGUCUCUCCAUACCAAUACGUCGCUGGAUGCUGCAAGUGAAUAUGCCAAAUAUUGCACAGAAAUUCUAGGUGUUGCAGCUACCCCAGGCACAAAUAUGCCAGCUACCUUUGGACAUUUGGCAGGGGGAUAUGAUGGCCAAUAUUAUGGAUAUCUUUGGAGUGAAGUGUUUUCCAUGGACAUGUUUUACAGCUGUUUCAAAAAAGAAGGGAUAAUGAAUCCAGAGGUUGGAAUGAAAUAUAGAAACCUAAUCCUGAAACCUGGGGGAUCUCUGGACGGCAUGGACAUGCUCCAGAAUUUCUUGAAACGUGAGCCAAACCAAAAAGCGUUCCUAAUGAGUCGAGGCCUGUGUGCUCCAUAAACCGGAUCUUUGGUAGCAGUCCAUGUCUGGAGGACAAGUCAACAUCGCCAUGUGUUCCUGGCCUGGAAACUGAAGGGAGUUUUGCAAAUGAAAAAUUAGAUUUCUAUUGACUUCUUUUUGUUUUUUAAUUUUAAAAAUUAUACUUAUGUAAAUGGAAUUAUAAAUACUGUGACCUAAAAAAAGACCCACUUGAAAAUAAUUGUACUAUAAAAUUUCAUAAAAAUGGAUUUGAUUUCUUUUGAUAAAAGUUUCAUAUGAAUGUAAUUUGAUUUUUUACUAUUAUCUAGAUAAUAUAAUGUAAGAGGGCUAAGAAUUUUUAAAUUGAAUUAUAUACAUGAUAUAAUUUGAUCCUUCUUAUAUCUCAAAAUUUUGUACUUGGGAUUUCUGAACUGGUAAAUGAAUCACCAGAUUCCUCUGGUAAAUAUUUUCUUGGAGCUCUAAGUCAACUUUGAUCCUCUGCCUUCCAGUAAGGUGUGACUUUGCCUUUGCCUGCAUGCCUCAAGGCCAAGGAUACAUGCCUCAGUAAUUCAUUUAUCUUUGUAUCCCAGGCCUCAUGGUUCCCAGCUUCUGCCUCACUUAAGUUAUGUUCUUCCAUUUGGGUUUGUUUUCCAUUCUAAUAUUCAGUUAGAAAGAAAAAAAUUUUAGUUGUGACUGAACUGAUCUAAAGUAUAUUGCAGGUUGGUCUCUCUGAGUUACUUAUGGCCUGACUAAAUUGCUGAGGCUGGCUUUGAACUCGCCAUCCUCCUGCCUCAUCCUCCUUAGCAGCUGAGAUUACAGGUGUAUGCCCCCACACCCUGUUUAUUGCAAGUUUUUGUAUCUUGUACUAGAGUCUCAAUUCCAUUUCAGCGUACAUCUAUUUUGGCAUAGUUGCCAAUUAGAACAUAAAGUUCCGACUGCGUAUGCAUGUGUAUGCGUGUGCGUAUGCGCAUGCGCAGACUGGGAUUAAACUCGGGGGCUCUCUACAACUAAGCUACAUCCUCAGCCCUUUUUAUUUUUUAUUAUGAGACAGAUCUGCUUAAGUCACACAGGCUGGACUCAAACUUGCAGUCUUCCUGCCUCAGCCUCCUGAGUAACUGGGUUUACUGGCAUGUGCUUCCUGCCUAGCUAGGCAUCUUUUUUCUUCUCAUGUUUCUAAUAAGGGGUAGUGAUGUUGCCUCUUUUACUGAUCACCUCCCUGCAGAUGACAGAUAGAAACGUCACAGUGGCUAUUUAGAGUGUGGUGGGGAAGAGAGCUGAUGCUGAUGGGGCCAUAAAGAAACUGCAGAAGAGGAAUCAGUUCAGGCAGAGCGUUUGAGGACAGCUGCUUCAUUGCCACUAAGUACUUAAAUUUGGCUUUGGGGAAGAGGCUCCUCCAAUAGCCUGUUUAAUCUGGUGAUUUUUUUUUUUUUCUUUUUUACGUGAACCUUUAUCUCUCUUUAACUCUGUUUACUGUGGGCCUAAAUUCCAGUUCUGCAACAGAACUGUGAACUCACAGUACUUAUUUUUCCCGUAGGAGUCUACUCAAUAAAGUAACCAAGACAGGAUUUUUUUUUUUUUUUUUUUU